CCGCGAGCCUUGCUCUCUCUCCCUCUGCUCUGCUCAAUCUCUCCGUGAUCCAGCAGGGAAACAGAAUGCCGGAAGUGGGGUUUCGGGAUACAGAGUUUCGGGACUCGUAACCGUUGAAAGUUCACACAACCAAGAAACCUACUUUCCCCGAGAAUCAAAGCUUUUCCGGUUGCUUGUGUUCGUCAGCUUUUGUUUCACCGUUUCAUUCAUCCGGACGUUUACAAUGGGGCUCCCGGCGCUGGAAUUCAGCGACUCUUUUCUGGACAGUCCUGACUUCAGAGAGCGACUCAAAUGCCACGAGAUUGAACUGGAUCGUACCAAUAAAUUCAUCAAGGAACUAAUCAAAGAUGGAAAUAUGCUUAUAAGUGCGCUUAAAAGUCUUUCUGCAGCUGUGCAGAAAUUCUCCCAGUCGCUUCAGGAUUUCCAGUUUGAAUGCAUUGGAGAUGCUGAGACUGAUGAUGAGAUUAACAUUGCACAGUCAUUAAAGGAAUUCUCCCAGCUGCUGAACACGGUGGAGGAGGAAAGACGGCGGCUUAUACAGAAUGCCGAUGACGUCUUGAUCACACCGCUGGAGAAGUUUCGCAAAGAGCAGAUCGGAGCGGCCAAAGAAGGGAGGAAGAAAUUUGACAAGGAGACAGAGAAGUAUUACACCGUUUUGGAAAAGCACUUAAGCCUGUCUUCAAGAAAGAAAGAGUCACUUUUGCAAGAGGCAGACACACAGAUCAGUAAGGAAAGACAGGUCUUCUACGACGCCUCCCUCGAGUAUGUUUUCAAAAUCCAAGAAGUACAAGAGAGGAAAAAGUUUGAGUUUGUUGAGCCGCUGCUGGCCUUCCUCCAAGGACUGUUCACUUUUUACCAUGAGGGUUACGAGCUGGCCCAUGAGUUUGAGCCGUACAAGCAACAGCUCCAGUUCAACCUUCAGAAUACGAGAAAUAACUUCGAGAGCACAAGACAGGAAGUGGAGAAUCUGAUGAGAAGGAUAAGAUCAGCAGAGCAGGACUUUAAAGCUCCGGGACAGUGGACGAUGGAGGGCUUCCUCUAUGUGCAGGAGAAACGACCUUUGGGUUGCACAUGGACUCGUCAUUACUGCACGUAUGAGAAAGGGACCAAGAUGUUUACCAUGAGCAACUCUGAGCUCAAGACUGGAGGCAAACAGAAUGGACUGAUCAUGAGCCCCCCUGAGAUGUUUAAGCUGAAGUCCUGCAUCAGACGCAGGACUGACUCUAUUGACAAGCGCUUCUGCUUCGACAUCGAGGUGGUGGAAAGAGGUAACCCCUCUGAAGGGCCUCUGUUCAGUUAUCUGCAAUGCUUCUAUAAAGCUCAUCGGCAUGGCAUCAUCACCCUUCAGGCUCUCUCUGAAUCCAACAGACGGUUGUGGAUGGAGGCCAUGGAUGGAAAAGAGCCGAUUUACACCCUUCCAGCACUUCUGAGCAAGAAAGAGGAAACGUUCCUGAACGAAGCAGGUUUUAAUUUUGUGAGGAAGUGUAUUGAGUCUGUGGAAGCCAGAGGUAUCAACACAUUGGGGCUGUACAGGAUAGGUGGAGUAAACUCUAAAGUCCAGCGGCUGAUGACCUCAGUCUUUGCGGCCAAAGCUCCUGCAGACUUGGACCUUGAUCCAGACACCUGGGAUAACAAGACCAUCACCAGUGGCUUGAAGAAUUACCUCAGAUGUCUGGCAGAACCUCUCAUGACCUACAGACUUCAUAAAGACUUCAUCAUGGCAGUCAAAUCUGAUGAUCAGAAUUACAGGGUCUGUGCGGUUCAUGCGCUCGUUUACAAACUUCCUGACAAGAAUAAAGAUAUGCUGGAUCUUCUGAUCAAACAUCUUCAUGUGGUUUCUACACAUAGUCAGAAGAAUCUGAUGACCGUGUCUAACCUGGGUGUGAUUUUUGGACCAACACUCAUGCGCUCUCAGGAGGAGACAGUCGCUGCCAUGAUGAACAUCAAGUUCCAGAAUAUUGUGGUGGAGAUCCUCAUCGAAAACUACGACAAGAUAUUUCAUCAAGCUCCAGACCCUAAUGUCCCCCUGCCACAUCCUCAGUCUCACUCUCAGUCUCGUGGCGGUGCCCGACGCAGCAAAGCCAUCUGUCUGUCAUCCGGCUCCCGCAAAUCCAGGGGCCUAUACCCUCCUGCCCUGUGCCUGGCUGAUGCUGACAGCGACACGUUCAGCAGCAGCCCAAGCAGCACCCCUAUGGGCAGCAUGGAGUCUCUCUCAUCCCACUCUUCAGAGCAGAACAGUUGCUCCAAAACAGGCUCUCCGUCUCGGAACAAACACAAGGCCUCAGGGAGUCUGUGCUGGACCACUCCAUCUCCCUCCUCCAAUGGGCCAAAAAGCCCCGCUUGCACCACCAGCCCCGAUUCCAGCUCUAAGGAGGACGCCAACAAGACGGAUGGAGAAUGGGAAGAAGCGCUGAGUACAAGCCCAGGCGAUCGAAGCUCUCCGACCUCAGAGCUCCUGCACAGGACUCUGGGAGAGACAGCGGAGGAUCAGCGCAGUCUGUCCUCCUGCUCCUCUCUUACGUCACUGCACAUUUCUGAGGGUUUCAGGAGUUGUCAUGGCUCCAUCCAGAGUCUGGUGUCCCGCAGUCAGAGAGACAGUCUCAAAUCUCUCCAUCUGCCGGAUCUUCCUCCCAAAGACGGCAUGAGAUUCAGAGACGAUUCCUCUGCCAGCAAUGGCUACCAGAGACCGGGAUCUGUUGUGGCCUGCCGAGCAGCAAUCUUUGAGUGUCCUGUGAUUUCUCAGCCUACAACAGGAAGAGACGCGAAAGCCUUGUAUUCCUGUCAAGCGGAGCACAGUCAUGAGCUGAGUUUCCCCCAGGGGGCGCACUUCUCCAACGUUUAUCCUUCAGUUGAACCUGGAUGGCUCCAAGCUACAUUUGACGGCAAAACGGGACUCAUCCCAGAGAAUUAUGUGGAAUAUCUCUGAGGGGUUCGUAAAAGUCAAAAACAAAGUCCAUGGUAUCCAUGGUGUUCAUUUCAGCACAAAAAGGGACCAUUAAUAUGUACAGCUUUACUGUAUGUAAAUAGUGCAUAGUAUUAUAACCAUGUCAUUAACCGCUGCAUAUGAUUUAAGUUAAUUCAGGAUGUAAAAAUCACCUUAUGCAUUGUAGAUUGUAUUACCAUACUAGGUACAUGCGGACUGAAGACUGUAUUGACUGUAUUUAUGCACACCCCAUAAUGCGGAUGUGUGUGAUGCUUUUAAACUGUAGACAUGAGCUCAUAACACUCUGAUCAGUGUUGCGGUACAGCUCUGAAGGAAACUGUGGAUUUUUAUUAUACUUUAGAGGGAGAAUUAUAUCUGUACCUUAUGUGUUAAUUAACCACCAUAAUAAGUAGCAGAAGAUACUGUAUUUCCCAAUGAGAUGUUUGUGAAAUUUGUUGGUAGUGUUUUAGGGACUUUCUUUUCAGUGAUGCUCGAAGAUCAGGUAUGUUUGGGAGAUGCAGGUCAUCUUUCAUUCCAGUAAUCGGUGAGUGUUUUGGUCAAAUCAAUUCAAACGAGUUUGCAUACAGUUUCAAAGCCUUUAUUGGUACCUCUGAAUCUUUUUCUGUCCUUAACAUUUUUAUUGACUGACUUUAUGAGCCAAAAGUGUCUUAUAUGCUUCUGAAUGUUGUUUGAAUUCUACUAAAAUACUGUCCGUUAGUGGCAAUUGGUAAAAUGAUGUAACAAAAAAGUGUUAUUUGUGAAUUUUUUAGCUUAUGAGUACAUUUGUUGUGUGUAAUAUAGUGGAUUUUGUAAUGAAGUACAAUCAAGAAUUGAGAAAAUACUUCUGACAGUGUUCAAUUUUUUAGUUUUUAGUUGAAAUUUGUUAUAGUUUGUCCUCACGAAAAUGCAGUUGUUCAAGUAUAGUUCUGCUGUAUUUUAUUUUACACUGGUUUAGCAUUUCUGUAUGUUAAAAUGAAAAAAAAAAACCUUUUAUUAAUGUCAUUCACAGAUUAACUUAAUGUUUCAUGAAGCAUUUUAACUAUUAAAAUAUCAUUGUUUAUUUACUGAAA